AUGGCGGAGCAGGGUGUCCUGCUGGAAGGCGACGACAUGUGGCACAUGCGAGACAUGUGCAGGACAGUGGAGCGAGCCAUCGACCCACCCUACGAGGGCUUGGUCAAACGGCUGCAGCAUCGGGUGCUCGACUACAGGGCUCGUUGCGAGUUCGCCCUCACUGAGCAGAUGAACUGGAAGAAGGAGCGCCGAACUAUCCAGGAACAAUGCUUUGAGCUCCGCACCUCCCUGGAGGCGGAAAGGGACCGAGUUCUCCAACAGACCACGAAGCGCGCCAACAACUCCUUGGCCAUCGGUGUAAUGACUGGAGGAAGCGUCCGCAGUGGCCGUGCCUCUGUGAAACUCGGGCAAGACGCCUUGGCGAUGAUGAAAGAGUCUGGUGAGCAGGAUUCUGGCACCCUUGACAUGGCUGCCGCAGCCAUCAUGAGGACUCGCUUCGGCGGCCUCUUCAUUGCAGCUCUCAAGGAGAUGAUUCCGCUGCAGGGAGAUGUUGCCAAUAUCACCUCUCAGUUCGGCAGUGGCUGUGGCACUUUCUUCAAGUUCUACUCCUACUUGCUGUUGCUUGCAAUGCUGGCGACCUUCUUCUUUGCGCCGCUGCUUCUGAACCACUUCGCGGAAAACCGCGGCACCUUCAGCGAGAGGAUGUGUGGCUCUUAUUUGCCUUGCUUCUUGUUUCUCGGCAGCUUCUACAAAUCGAGCGGUGUUGCCGUCGAGCAGUGGGUGACGGCAGUGGAGCUCAAGCCCUCGACUGGGAAUACGUCUCUCUCAAUGCUCACCGACAUUGGGCGCGAAGCCUUCGACGAGAAGUUCGCCGCCUGCCCGAUGGUUAGAUUUGUCCGAGACUGCCGCGUGCAAGCUCUGUUCGCCGGCUUUUUGGACAACAGCACUGGCUUAAGUGCGUAUGACGUCUUUACCAGCUCCUGGCAAAACAUGCCCGGGACGCAGAACCAGGAUUGGGUGAUCUACAGCCGACUCGCUGAUGUGAUUCAGGCAGAGACACCCUGGCCUUCCUGCAGUGUGAACGAGACCUUGGCCGGACAAGGUUUUCCGGGCAUCUGCAAGUUCAGUCCGGCAUCGCAGCUCACCGGCAGGUGGUUCGCCUCGGCAGAGACCUUCGAAGGCAACUUGCCGAAGCAUGGCUUGCAGCUGGAGCUCUGGAAUUCUUCGACAAGGUGCUUUGUCGAAACGCGAGCUGACGUUCGAAACAUGGUCGGGGGUCUUCCAGUGACUGUGGAAUCAUCCGGGAAAGACCUAUGGAUGGCAUUUUGGUAUUUCUUCGGCAACAUGGUCUCGAUCAUCUUCGCCGUGCUCUUCUUCUUGGGUUGGUGGCAGAUGACUGAGGCCACCUACAACUACGAGCAGUUCACGGAAAGCCUCGAGCCAAAAGGUUGGAGCUCUCUGCUUCUAGGCCUCUGGAACUUCCGGCUGAACUCAGAGUCGGACCGGGAGAUCUGGAAGCAAACGAUGGUAAGCCAGCUACGAGCUCAGUUCCGCGAGGAGAAGGACAAUGAGAAGGCCAGAAAGCGAACACUCAUGGACGUGUACUUCCUGGUGCUGAAGCGUCUACUAGGAUUUCUGCUGAACCUUGGCAUCAUCGCUGGACUCUGGAUCGCGAUCUGGAUCUGCAUCAGAGAUCGCACGCAACUGGUGGAUAGCCUUGCUGGCUCCUUCGAGCAAUGCUGCAACGCUCGAGGUCUCGGAGAGUGGCUGGGAGCCACUCUAGCACCGCUGCUGGUAACCGGCGCGGGGGCAGUUCUCCCGCCAGUGACGGAGCUGCUGACGAGCCUGGAGGCGUGGCCGCAGAAAUACCGGGCCCAGCUGAACAUCUACCGCUUCUUUCUGGGCCAGAUCCUGACUGCCGGGCUUUAUGCCGCCAUCUGCCUCGAGUUGCUUUACGAUUGGCCAAUCUGGACCAGUGGCGAUUUGGUGCUACAGCCCCAAGUCGAGCCUUGUGGGGCUUACCCAUGCAAGGCAGACCAUGCAGGAGCCGAAAUGCUCUCUCUGGUGGUUACCGAGUUCACUUUGAUGAUGGUGAAGCCCCUGGCCAAGUUGUGCUGGGCCCUCAUCCGGCACAACCUCCAGAAGCUCAUGGGCAGAAAAGGCAACUUCCCGUGGCCCGUCUUUGAGAUCCAAGACGAUGCAGUAAAUGUUGUCUAUUUCUCCGCCUUGCUUUGGAUGUGCCUAUCCACUGUGCCGUACAUGGCCGUGAUCGGGCCCCUGCUGCUGUACUUGCACUUCAAGUGGCUGCGUUUCAACCUUACCUUCCUCAUGAGGCGGCCAUUCAUCACGGACACCACUGGCCUACUGGUGACGCUCCAGCGCAUCACCUGUAUCAACUUCAUUGCAAUCGGUCUUCUGAUGAUGUCGCAGCUCAUCAUCACGGUGCCCUAUGAGCCGACCUGUGGACCUGUCGACGGCUUCCGAGCCGCAGGCCCCAUGAUCUGGUACCUCGACUUUCCGCUGAAGGAAGUCUGGAUGGGUGUCUACCAAGUCACUUUGGAGAACCGGGGCUCUCUCUUGGCAGCUCCUCGGAAUCCUGAGAAGAUCCGCUCCUCCUUUGGGUGCUCCUCAAAGGUGGUCGAGCAGAUGUCGGGCGUUGCGAACCGACACGCGGCGCAGUGCGUGGAACCCGGGCUUUUCGUGCCUCUGAACUGGGGCUCCGUUGCCUUUGCGCUGGUUGGCGAUGAGAAGCAGCUCCCUGCCACCAUCCUCUCCAAGAAAGCAUCGCAGUUGGACCUGGGAGUGUCAAUCUUCGAGCGUUUCGUGCGAGAUGAGAUUGUCUCCCUGGGCAACGGCUUCGUCCAGCUGGACGAGCAGCAGCGAAUGCAUCCUUCGAUCGCACGGUUUCCAUGCGAUGCCUUCUACGGCGGAACUAUACGAGACGGUGCGGCGAUGUCCAAGCGCGAGCCCAUUCCUGGGUUUCCUUGGCCCGUGCCCGGUUGCCAUGUGGCCUUCGUCGAAUGCGGCUACAUGACCGGAGAGGAAGGAAGUCUGGGUGGCAGUCACUCCAACUACAAAGAGGCCAAUGUACUCCUGACGGUGCUGAAGCGCUGCCUCGCUGAGGGCACCUUGCCCAGCCAGGUGGGCAUCAUCACCGGCUACUCCGCCCAGCAGGCUCUGCUUCAGAAGGAGGUGGCCAAGUUGGGCCUGCCUGGCUUGAGAGUGGAUACCGUGGAUGGCUUCCAGGGAGCAGAGCGCGACCUGAUCCUUGCCUCUACUGUCCGCUCUCACUACAAAGUUGGCUUUAUGCGCGAUCCGCGCCGGGUCAACGUACUCUUGACCCGAGCCAAGCGGGGCCUCGUGGUGUUUGGAAACGGCACAACUCUGAAUUCCGAGAUGGAGACAUGGCGACCUUGGUUGACGUGGAUUCGCGAACAGGGCGCCGAAAUGUCCGCCGAGCAGCUGGUGGGCGGUCCGGACUUCUCCGGAGGCCUCGAUGAGCCCUGGGGCGAGGAUCCUUGGGAGGCACCCCGGCUGCCUGUGCCGAACGACGACAGGACCAUGCCCGUGACAUCUUCGCCAGCCCCUAGGCCGCUUCCACCUGCUGCCUUCCCGUCUUCCAAUCGUCCGGCGUCCUUCCCACCGGUCUCCACGGCACCCAGUCGGCCUGCAUCUUUCCCACCCGCGGCGACCGCUGCGUCUGGGCCGAUCGGGCCGAUACGGCCAUCGCAAGCAGCCUCCUUUCCAACAGCAAGGACAUAUGCUGCUGCUGCCCACAGCGGGACUAUCGACGAGGUGCCGUUCCAGCCGGACCGCAAGCUCGAAGAUCUUGUGGCAGCCAAGACGGCGGUAAGCCAGCCUGCUCCGGCUGCGUGGCUCGAGAAGGACAACUGGACGGAGUAUGCGGCUGAAGAUGGAAGGAUCUGGGAGCACAACGAGGUCACUGGAGAAUCGAGAUGGAAGGAGACUGAGAAGUUGUGA